UUGGUCUGCACAGAUUUUUUUUUCUCAUCGAAGACGUGUGUGCGCAUAUGUGCGCGCGUAUCGGCAUGAAGAUGUUUUGCGAAACUUUUUUAAGGAUGAUAUGCAUUGGAUGUUUCCUGUUUCUUUGUGGUCUCACGCAUGUCCUGGGAAGUUAUCCAAUAUGGUGGUCCCUGGCAGUGGGCCACCAGUACUCAUCCCUGGGUUCACAGCCCAUCCUGUGUGGCAGCAUUCCCGGCCUGGUGCCCAAACAGCUGCGUUUCUGCCGGAACUACGUGGAGAUCAUGCCGAGUGUGGCGGAAGGGGUGAAGAUUGGCAUCCAAGAGUGCCAGCACCAGUUCAGGGGCCGGCGCUGGAACUGCACCACCAUCAACGACAACCUGGCCAUAUUUGGACCAGUGCUGGAUAAAGCCACGCGAGAGUCCGCCUUCGUUCACGCCAUCGCAUCAGCCGGGGUGGCGUUCGCGGUGACCCGCUCCUGCGCGGACGGUUCGGCCACCAUCUGCGGCUGCGACACCCGUCACAAGGGCCCACCAGGGGAGGGCUGGAAGUGGGGCGGCUGCAGCGAGGAUGUAGAGUUCGGCAGCAUGGUGUCCCGGGAGUUUGCCGACGCCAGGGAGAACAGGCCCGAUGCUCGUUCCGCCAUGAACCGCCACAACAACGAGGCAGGGAGAACGUCCCUGAAUGACAACAUGUUCCUGAAGUGCAAGUGCCACGGCCUGUCAGGCAGCUGCGAGGUAAAGACCUGCUGGUGGUCGCAGCCUGACUUCCGGGUCAUUGGGGACUACAUGAAGGACAAGUACGACAGCGCCUCGGAGAUGGUGGUGGAGAAGCACAAGGAGUCCAGGGGCUGGGUGGAGACCCUACGACCUAAAUACACUUUCUUCAAACCCCCCACAGAGCGUGACCUGGUGUACUACGAGAGCUCGCCCAACUUUUGCGAGCCUAACGCUGAGACAGGCUCCUUUGGGACUCGCGACCGCGCCUGCAACCUCACAUCCCACGGCAUCGAUGGCUGCGACCUGCUGUGCUGCGGGCGGGGCCACAACACCCGGACUGAGAAGCGCAAGGAGAAGUGCCACUGCAUCUUCCACUGGUGCUGCUAUGUCAGCUGCCAGGAGUGCGUACGCGUGUACGACGUCCACACCUGCAAAUAGAGGAGCCUCUGUCUCUCUUCCCGCAUUACCAAAUGAGAAAAAAAAGACUAGAAGAAGAUUCCAGACCAGGCUGAGAGACUUUCAUCUAUUGCUGAUUAGUUUGUGAGUUCAGCUGCAGUCAACUACAGACAAAGACAGACAAAACGGCCACUCAUGAUGAGACAAUACUGAAGUGAAUGAUCUGAGGUUGACUCAAAUAGGCUCCACUGUCAAAAAUGGAAUGAUGAUGAUAACUACCCUCUAGUCUAAAGAGGGAGACAAAGA